UUGAUGCUGCUGUGCUGCACCUGGAGGGACGAGCCUAUGGGAGAGGACGAAGGGACCGACCUGCCGGUGUGUGCGAGCUGCGGGCAGGGCAUCUACGAUGGGCAGUACCUGCAGGCGCUGAACGCCGACUGGCACGCCGACUGCUUCCGGUAGGAGCCCGCGGUCCAGCCGGGAUGGCCUCGGGGACACAGGAUGCUCCGCAGGGCCGGGGACAGCAGAUUGCCUCCACCCCUGCUCCGGCCGUGGCACGGACUCGUGCGGGGCCAUCGCACGCACCCGGAUGCUCGCACGAGCGUGGCUGCGUGUCCUCCGGCAGCGGGGCAGCGCAGGCAGCGGGGUGCAGGCAGCGGGGUGCAGGCAGGGCUCCGUGUGUGAUGCCAAGCCUGGCAGAGGGCUCUGCUGCCUGCACGACGCUGUCCCCCUGCGCUGUCCCUUCCUUCCCAGUGACGGGGGGGUGCGUGGGGCUGAUGUCACCCGGCCCCCUCCCUCCCUGUUUCCUCUUUCACUCGUGCCCUCCCGGCAGCUCGAGCGGUGGGAGCCACCGAGGAGGAGGAAGGUCCCGUGUCGGGGGACGCAGGGGGUGGCGGGGACCUGGCGGGGGUCCCCGUGGGGCUGGGGGUGCCGAGCGCGGCAGGGCACCAGGGCGGUUCCCCCCCGUCCCGUGGAGGAUGCUGGUGGCGGUGCUGAGGAAGAGCCGCGUCCUGAGCGCUGGAGCCAAGCUGGCACCUCCCUCCCCAUGCCUGUCCCUGCCUUGUGUCCCCCGCCCUGUCCCCCCCGGUGUCCCCACACGUCCCCGCACCACCCGCCUGUGCUGGCACCCCCGGAGCCGCCUGCUGCCACCCUGGGGACGGUGACACACGGAUGCGGUGGCCCUGCAGCAGGGUGCUGUGAGUGCGGGGCCUCGCUGUCCCACCAGUACUACGAGAAGGAUGGGCGCCUGUACUGCAAGAAGGAUUACUGGGCACGCUUCGGGGAGCUCUGCCACGGCUGCUCCGAGCAGAUCACCAAGGGGCUGGUCAUGGUGGCCGGGGAGCAGAAGUACCACCCCGAGUGCUUCAGCUGCCUCAACUGCCGCACGUUCAUCGGGGACGGGGACACCUACGCGCUGGUGGAGCGCUCCAAGCUCUACUGUGGGCACUGCUAUUACCAGAUGGUGGUGACGCCGGUCAUCGAGCAGAUCCUGCCAGAUUCGCCGGCUUCCCGCAUCCCGCACACCGUCACGCUUGUCUCCAUCCCCGCCUGCUCCGACGGCAAACGCGGCUUCUCCGUCUCCAUCGACCAGGGCUGUGGCACCGAGCACCCCCGCACCGUCCGCGUCCGAGAGGUGGAUCCAGACUGCAUCAGCCCUGACAUGAAGAACUCCAUCCACGUGGGCGACCGCAUCCUGGAGAUCAAUGGCACCCCCAUCGGCCACGUCCCCCUGGACGAGAUCGACCUGCUGAUCCAGGAGACCAGCCGCCUGCUCCAGCUGACCAUUGAGCACGACCCCCACGAGCCCCUUGCCCGCGAGUCGGGGCUUGCCUGCAGCCCCCUGCCCGCCUCGUGCAGCCCCCUGCGCUCCCCGGCCCCCCCACCCUGCGGGGACCCCGGUGCCAUGCGCCAGCGGACCGUCAUGAGGAGCUGCAGCACGGACAAGUCUCCGGGCUCCGGCUCGGUGGGCUCGCCCGCAUCCCAGCGCAAGGACAUCGGCCGCUCCGAGUCGUUGCGCGUCGUCUCCCGCGCCCAUCGCAUCUUCCGCCCCUCCGACCUGAUCCACGGCGAGGUGCUGGGCAAGGGCUGCUUCGGCCAGGCCAUCAAGGUGACGCAUCGGGAGACGGGCGAAGUGAUGGUCAUGAAGGAGCUGAUCCGCUUUGAUGAGGAGACGCAGAGGACCUUCCUGAAAGAGGUGAAGGUGAUGCGCUGCCUGGAGCACCCCAACGUGCUGAAGUUCAUCGGGGUGCUGUACAAGGAGAAGAGGCUCAACUUCAUCACCGAGUACAUCAAGGGGGGCACCUUGAGGGGCCUCAUCAAGAGCAUGGACAGCCACUACCCCUGGAGCCAGCGGGUCAGCUUCGCCAAGGACAUCGCCGCCGGCAUGGCCUACCUCCACUCCAUGAACAUCAUCCACCGUGACCUCAACUCUCACAACUGCCUCGUGCGGGAGAACAAGAGCGUGGUGGUGGCUGAUUUUGGGCUGGCGCGGCUGAUGGUGGACGAGAAGAACCAGCCCGAACAUCUCAAGAACCUGAAGAAACCGGAUCGCAAGAAGCGGUACACGGUGGUGGGGAACCCGUACUGGAUGGCCCCCGAGAUGAUCAACGGAAGGAGCUACGAUGAGAAGGUGGACAUCUUCUCCUUCGGCAUUGUCCUGUGUGAGAUCAUUGGCCGGGUGAGCGCCGACCCCGACUACCUGCCCCGCACCACCGACUUCGGCCUCAACGUCAGGGGCUUCCUGGACCGCUACUGCCCCCCCGCCUGCCCCCCCAGCUUCUUCCCCAUCGCCGUCUGCUGCUGCGACCUGGACCCCGAGAAGCGGCCAUCCUUCAGCAAGCUGGAGCAGUGGCUGGAAACCCUCCGCAUGCACCUGGAGAUCCACCUGCCGCUGAGCUCCCAGCUGGAGCAGCUGGACCGAGCCUUUGGGGAGACGCACCGGCGGGGCGAGGGCGGGCUGCCCGCACCCCCCCGAUAGACCCCCGCCCCCCACCUGCACCCCCUCUGAAGCUGUGGAAGAAGGAGCUGCACCCGCCGCCAGCGUCUCCUCCAGCUGCCACCACCCCCAGGGCUGGAUCCCUGGGGCUCCCCGGACGAGCCCCCCACCCCGGCUCCUCUGCACGGGCUGCCUGUGCUGCUGCCCGCACCGCUGCCCGCACCGUCCCUGGGAGCUGGCUCUCCCCGGGGCUGCACGGCCCCUGUGCACCCCCCCACGCCGUAGCUAUUACCCCAGGACAAGCCCGGCCGGCCGCACCGCGGGGACUGUCCCCAUGGCCCCCCCUGCCCCGGCUCGCUUCGCCUUUGCACGCCCGGGAGCUGCGCGGCCGCUGCACCCCCACGAGCCCCGUGGGCUCCCCCAUACAGAGCCGCGGCCUCGCGGCGGUGCCUUGGCUUUCUGUGAACUUGCACUGCGACACAGGAGGGACCCCCCGUUCCUUUGGGGGGGGUGCAUGGCCCCCGGCCCCCCUGGGGCAGCGUGGGUCCUGGGGCGGCCUUGAAGCAACAUCUUCAUCCUCGGCCGGCCCCUCUCACACUGCUUCUGCUGGCACCCCGGGCUUGGGGGGCUGCCGGCACCCCCGGCCGAGCGAGGAGUCCACGGAGGGGGGACACCCCCGUGGCGUGGGGACAGGCACGUAGCGGUCCCCGCUGCCCCCCACGUCCCUGCUGCCCGUGCUAAUCCGUGACCGCGCAUCCCUGGGGACAGCGCCGGGUGGUCCAGAGGGAUGUGGGGAUGCGGCUCAUCUCGGUCCCCUUGACCUGGGGUGGUUUUGGGGUGUGGGGGAAGUUGCGCCGUGCGGUGCUUUUCAUGCUCUUUAUUCAGGUUCAUUUUUCUGUAAGAUAUUUAAAGAGAAGAGUUUGUAUUAUUUUUUCAUACGACGUAGCGUUUGCCAUUUGUCACUGCCUCGGUUCUGCUUUCCUGAAGGGAUGAAACUGUGAAGCCUCUCCGCGCACUUUUGCCCGGGAAGUCCAAGGCGACGUCCUCUCCGGAGGCGGGAAGGGAGCUCAAACUGUGAUGUACCCCGAGCCGUGAGUCAAUAAAUCCUUCCCUG